AUGACAUCUUUGUUAUCAUCAUCAUCAUCAUCAUCAUCAUCAUCAUCAUCAUCAUCAUCAUCAUCAUCAUCAUCAUCAUCAUCAUCAUCAUCAUCAUCAUCAUCAUCAUCAUCAUCAUCAUCAUCAUCAUCAUCAUCAUCAUCAUCAUCAUCAUCAUCAUCAUCAUCAUCAUCAUCAUCAUCAUCAUCAUCAUCAUCAUCAUCAUCAUCAUCAUCAUCAUCAUCAUCAUCAUCAUCAUCAUCAUCAUCAUCAUCAUCAUCAUCAUCAUCAUCAUCAUCAUCAUCAUCAUCAUCAUCAUCAUCAUCAUCAUCAUCAUCAUCAUCAUCAUCAUCAUCAUCAUCAUCAUCAUCAUCAUCAUCAUCAUCAUCAUCAUCAUCAUCAUCAUCAUCAUCAUCAUCAUCAUCAUCAUCAUCAUCAUCAUCAUCAUCAUCAUCAUCAUCAUCAUCAUCAUCAUCAUCAUCAUCAUCAUCAUCAUCAUCAUCAUCAUCAUCAUCAUCAUCAUCAUCAUCAUCAUCAUCAUCAUCAUCAUCAUCAUCAUCAUCAUCAUCAUCAUCAUCAUCAUCAUCAUCAUCAUCAUCAUCAUCAUCAUCAUCAUCAUCAUCAUCAUCAUCAUCAUCAUCAUCAUCAUCAUCAUCAUCAUCAUCAUCAUCAUCAUCAUCAUCAUCAUCAUCAUCAUCAUCAUCAUCAUCAUCAUCAUCAUCAUCAUCAUCAUCAUCAUCAUCAUCAUCAUCAUCAUCAUCAUCAUCAUCAUCAUCAUCAUCAUCAUCAUCAUCAUCAUCAUCAUCAUCAUCAUCAUCAUCAUCAUCAUCAUCAUCAUCAUCAUCAUCAUCAUCAUCAUCAUCAUCAUCAUCAUCAUCAUCAUCAUCAUCAUCAUCAUCAUCAUCAUCAUCAUCAUCAUCAUCAUCAUCAUCAUCAUCAUCAUCAUCAUCAUCAUCAUCAUCAUCAUCAUCAUCAUCAUCAUCAUCAUCAUCAUCAUCAUCAUCAUCAUCAUCAUCAUCAUCAUCAUCAUCAUCAUCAUCAUCAUCAUCAUCAUCAUCAUCAUCAUCAUCAUCAUCAUCAUCAUCAUCAUCAUCAUCAUCAUCAUCAUCAUCAUCAUCAUCAUCAUCAUCAUCAUCAUCAUCAUCAUCAUCAUCAUCAUCAUCAUCAUCAUCAUCAUCAUCAUCAUCAUCAUCAUCAUCAUCAUCAUCAUCAUCAUCAUCAUCAUCAUCAUCAUCAUCAUCAUCAUCAUCAUCAUCAUCAUCAUCAUCAUCAUCAUCAUCAUCAUCAUCAUCAUCAUCAUCAUCAUCAUCAUCAUCAUCAUCAUCAUCAUCAUCAUCAUCAUCAUCAUCAUCAUCAUCAUCAUCAUCAUCAUCAUCAUCAUCAUCAUCAUCAUCAUCAUCAUCAUCAUCAUCAUCAUCAUCAUCAUCAUCAUCAUCAUCAUCAUCAUCAUCAUCAUCAUCAUCAUCAUCAUCAUCAUCAUCAUCAUCAUCAUCAUCAUCAUCAUCAUCAUCAUCAUCAUCAUCAUCAUCAUCAUCAUCAUCAUCAUCAUCAUCAUCAUCAUCAUCAUCAUCAUCAUCAUCAUCAUCAUCAUCAUCAUCAUCAUCAUCAUCAUCAUCAUCAUCAUCAUCAUCAUCAUCAUCAUCAUCAUCAUCAUCAUCAUCAUCAUCAUCAUCAUCAUCAUCAUCAUCAUCAUCAUCAUCAUCAUCAUCAUCAUCAUCAUCAUCAUCAUCAUCAUCAUCAUCAUCAUCAUCAUCAUCAUCAUCAUCAUCAUCAUCAUCAUCAUCAUCAUCAUCAUCAUCAUCAUCAUCAUCAUCAUCAUCAUCAUCAUCAUCAUCAUCAUCAUCAUCAUCAUCAUCAUCAUCAUCAUCAUCAUCAUCAUCAUCAUCAUCAUCAUCAUCAUCAUCAUCAUCAUCAUCAUCAUCAUCAUCAUCAUCAUCAUCAUCAUCAUCAUCAUCAUCAUCAUCAUCAUCAUCAUCAUCAUCAUCAUCAUCAUCAUCAUCAUCAUCAUCAUCAUCAUCAUCAUCAUCAUCAUCAUCAUCAUCAUCAUCAUCAUCAUCAUCAUCAUCAUCAUCAUCAUCAUCAUCAUCAUCAUCAUCAUCAUCAUCAUCAUCAUCAUCAUCAUCAUCAUCAUCAUCAUCAUCAUCAUCAUCAUCAUCAUCAUCAUCAUCAUCAUCAUCAUCAUCAUCAUCAUCAUCAUCAUCAUCAUCAUCAUCAUCAUCAUCAUCAUCAUCAUCAUCAUCAUCAUCAUCAUCAUCAUCAUCAUCAUCAUCAUCAUCAUCAUCAUCAUCAUCAUCAUCAUCAUCAUCAUCAUCAUCAUCAUCAUCAUCAUCAUCAUCAUCAUCAUCAUCAUCAUCAUCAUCAUCAUCAUCAUCAUCAUCAUCAUCAUCAUCAUCAUCAUCAUCAUCAUCAUCAUCAUCAUCAUCAUCAUCAUCAUCAUCAUCAUCAUCAUCAUCAUCAUCAUCAUCAUCAUCAUCAUCAUCAUCAUCAUCAUCAUCAUCAUCAUCAUCAUCAUCAUCAUCAUCAUCAUCAUCAUCAUCAUCAUCAUCAUCAUCAUCAUCAUCAUCAUCAUCAUCAUCAUCAUCAUCAUCAUCAUCAUCAUCAUCAUCAUCAUCAUCAUCAUCAUCAUCAUCAUCAUCAUCAUCAUCAUCAUCAUCAUCAUCAUCAUCAUCAUCAUCAUCAUCAUCAUCAUCAUCAUCAUCAUCAUCAUCAUCAUCAUCAUCAUCAUCAUCAUCAUCAUCAUCAUCAUCAUCAUCAUCAUCAUCAUCAUCAUCAUCAUCAUCAUCAUCAUCAUCAUCAUCAUCAUCAUCAUCAUCAUCAUCAUCAUCAUCAUCAUCAUCAUCAUCAUCAUCAUCAUCAUCAUCAUCAUCAUCAUCAUCAUCAUCAUCAUCAUCAUCAUCAUCAUCAUCAUCAUCAUCAUCAUCAUCAUCAUCAUCAUCAUCAUCAUCAUCAUCAUCAUCAUCAUCAUCAUCAUCAUCAUCAUCAUCAUCAUCAUCAUCAUCAUCAUCAUCAUCAUCAUCAUCAUCAUCAUCAUCAUCAUCAUCAUCAUCAUCAUCAUCAUCAUCAUCAUCAUCAUCAUCAUCAUCAUCAUCAUCAUCAUCAUCAUCAUCAUCAUCAUCAUCAUCAUCAUCAUCAUCAUCAUCAUCAUCAUCAUCAUCAUCAUCAUCAUCAUCAUCAUCAUCAUCAUCAUCAUCAUCAUCAUCAUCAUCAUCAUCAUCAUCAUCAUCAUCAUCAUCAUCAUCAUCAUCAUCAUCAUCAUCAUCAUCAUCAUCAUCAUCAUCAUCAUCAUCAUCAUCAUCAUCAUCAUCAUCAUCAUCAUCAUCAUCAUCAUCAUCAUCAUCAUCAUCAUCAUCAUCAUCAUCAUCAUCAUCAUCAUCAUCAUCAUCAUCAUCAUCAUCAUCAUCAUCAUCAUCAUCAUCAUCAUCAUCAUCAUCAUCAUCAUCAUCAUCAUCAUCAUCAUCAUCAUCAUCAUCAUCAUCAUCAUCAUCAUCAUCAUCAUCAUCAUCAUCAUCAUCAUCAUCAUCAUCAUCAUCAUCAUCAUCAUCAUCAUCAUCAUCAUCAUCAUCAUCAUCAUCAUCAUCAUCAUCAUCAUCAUCAUCAUCAUCAUCAUCAUCAUCAUCAUCAUCAUCAUCAUCAUCAUCAUCAUCAUCAUCAUCAUCAUCAUCAUCAUCAUCAUCAUCAUCAUCAUCAUCAUCAUCAUCAUCAUCAUCAUCAUCAUCAUCAUCAUCAUCAUCAUCAUCAUCAUCAUCAUCAUCAUCAUCAUCAUCAUCAUCAUCAUCAUCAUCAUCAUCAUCAUCAUCAUCAUCAUCAUCAUCAUCAUCAUCAUCAUCAUCAUCAUCAUCAUCAUCAUCAUCAUCAUCAUCAUCAUCAUCAUCAUCAUCAUCAUCAUCAUCAUCAUCAUCAUCAUCAUCAUCAUCAUCAUCAUCAUCAUCAUCAUCAUCAUCAUCAUCAUCAUCAUCAUCAUCAUCAUCAUCAUCAUCAUCAUCAUCAUCAUCAUCAUCAUCAUCAUCAUCAUCAUCAUCAUCAUCAUCAUCAUCAUCAUCAUCAUCAUCAUCAUCAUCAUCAUCAUCAUCAUCAUCAUCAUCAUCAUCAUCAUCAUCAUCAUCAUCAUCAUCAUCAUCAUCAUCAUCAUCAUCAUCAUCAUCAUCAUCAUCAUCAUCAUCAUCAUCAUCAUCAUCAUCAUCAUCAUCAUCAUCAUCAUCAUCAUCAUCAUCAUCAUCAUCAUCAUCAUCAUCAUCAUCAUCAUCAUCAUCAUCAUCAUCAUCAUCAUCAUCAUCAUCAUCAUCAUCAUCAUCAUCAUCAUCAUCAUCAUCAUCAUCAUCAUCAUCAUCAUCAUCAUCAUCAUCAUCAUCAUCAUCAUCAUCAUCAUCAUCAUCAUCAUCAUCAUCAUCAUCAUCAUCAUCAUCAUCAUCAUCAUCAUCAUCAUCAUCAUCAUCAUCAUCAUCAUCAUCAUCAUCAUCAUCAUCAUCAUCAUCAUCAUCAUCAUCAUCAUCAUCAUCAUCAUCAUCAUCAUCAUCAUCAUCAUCAUCAUCAUCAUCAUCAUCAUCAUCAUCAUCAUCAUCAUCAUCAUCAUCAUCAUCAUCAUCAUCAUCAUCAUCAUCAUCAUCAUCAUCAUCAUCAUCAUCAUCAUCAUCAUCAUCAUCAUCAUCAUCAUCAUCAUCAUCAUCAUCAUCAUCAUCAUCAUCAUCAUCAUCAUCAUCAUCAUCAUCAUCAUCAUCAUCAUCAUCAUCAUCAUCAUCAUCAUCAUCAUCAUCAUCAUCAUCAUCAUCAUCAUCAUCAUCAUCAUCAUCAUCAUCAUCAUCAUCAUCAUCAUCAUCAUCAUCAUCAUCAUCAUCAUCAUCAUCAUCAUCAUCAUCAUCAUCAUCAUCAUCAUCAUCAUCAUCAUCAUCAUCAUCAUCAUCAUCAUCAUCAUCAUCAUCAUCAUCAUCAUCAUCAUCAUCAUCAUCAUCAUCAUCAUCAUCAUCAUCAUCAUCAUCAUCAUCAUCAUCAUCAUCAUCAUCAUCAUCAUCAUCAUCAUCAUCAUCAUCAUCAUCAUCAUCAUCAUCAUCAUCAUCAUCAUCAUCAUCAUCAUCAUCAUCAUCAUCAUCAUCAUCAUCAUCAUCAUCAUCAUCAUCAUCAUCAUCAUCAUCAUCAUCAUCAUCAUCAUCAUCAUCAUCAUCAUCAUCAUCAUCAUCAUCAUCAUCAUCAUCAUCAUCAUCAUCAUCAUCAUCAUCAUCAUCAUCAUCAUCAUCAUCAUCAUCAUCAUCAUCAUCAUCAUCAUCAUCAUCAUCAUCAUCAUCAUCAUCAUCAUCAUCAUCAUCAUCAUCAUCAUCAUCAUCAUCAUCAUCAUCAUCAUCAUCAUCAUCAUCAUCAUCAUCAUCAUCAUCAUCAUCAUCAUCAUCAUCAUCAUCAUCAUCAUCAUCAUCAUCAUCAUCAUCAUCAUCAUCAUCAUCAUCAUCAUCAUCAUCAUCAUCAUCAUCAUCAUCAUCAUCAUCAUCAUCAUCAUCAUCAUCAUCAUCAUCAUCAUCAUCAUCAUCAUCAUCAUCAUCAUCAUCAUCAUCAUCAUCAUCAUCAUCAUCAUCAUCAUCAUCAUCAUCAUCAUCAUCAUCAUCAUCAUCAUCAUCAUCAUCAUCAUCAUCAUCAUCAUCAUCAUCAUCAUCAUCAUCAUCAUCAUCAUCAUCAUCAUCAUCAUCAUCAUCAUCAUCAUCAUCAUCAUCAUCAUCAUCAUCAUCAUCAUCAUCAUCAUCAUCAUCAUCAUCAUCAUCAUCAUCAUCAUCAUCAUCAUCAUCAUCAUCAUCAUCAUCAUCAUCAUCAUCAUCAUCAUCAUCAUCAUCAUCAUCAUCAUCAUCAUCAUCAUCAUCAUCAUCAUCAUCAUCAUCAUCAUCAUCAUCAUCAUCAUCAUCAUCAUCAUCAUCAUCAUCAUCAUCAUCAUCAUCAUCAUCAUCAUCAUCAUCAUCAUCAUCAUCAUCAUCAUCAUCAUCAUCAUCAUCAUCAUCAUCAUCAUCAUCAUCAUCAUCAUCAUCAUCAUCAUCAUCAUCAUCAUCAUCAUCAUCAUCAUCAUCAUCAUCAUCAUCAUCAUCAUCAUCAUCAUCAUCAUCAUCAUCAUCAUCAUCAUCAUCAUCAUCAUCAUCAUCAUCAUCAUCAUCAUCAUCAUCAUCAUCAUCAUCAUCAUCAUCAUCAUCAUCAUCAUCAUCAUCAUCAUCAUCAUCAUCAUCAUCAUCAUCAUCAUCAUCAUCAUCAUCAUCAUCAUCAUCAUCAUCAUCAUCAUCAUCAUCAUCAUCAUCAUCAUCAUCAUCAUCAUCAUCAUCAUCAUCAUCAUCAUCAUCAUCAUCAUCAUCAUCAUCAUCAUCAUCAUCAUCAUCAUCAUCAUCAUCAUCAUCAUCAUCAUCAUCAUCAUCAUCAUCAUCAUCAUCAUCAUCAUCAUCAUCAUCAUCAUCAUCAUCAUCAUCAUCAUCAUCAUCAUCAUCAUCAUCAUCAUCAUCAUCAUCAUCAUCAUCAUCAUCAUCAUCAUCAUCAUCAUCAUCAUCAUCAUCAUCAUCAUCAUCAUCAUCAUCAUCAUCAUCAUCAUCAUCAUCAUCAUCAUCAUCAUCAUCAUCAUCAUCAUCAUCAUCAUCAUCAUCAUCAUCAUCAUCAUCAUCAUCAUCAUCAUCAUCAUCAUCAUCAUCAUCAUCAUCAUCAUCAUCAUCAUCAUCAUCAUCAUCAUCAUCAUCAUCAUCAUCAUCAUCAUCAUCAUCAUCAUCAUCAUCAUCAUCAUCAUCAUCAUCAUCAUCAUCAUCAUCAUCAUCAUCAUCAUCAUCAUCAUCAUCAUCAUCAUCAUCAUCAUCAUCAUCAUCAUCAUCAUCAUCAUCAUCAUCAUCAUCAUCAUCAUCAUCAUCAUCAUCAUCAUCAUCAUCAUCAUCAUCAUCAUCAUCAUCAUCAUCAUCAUCAUCAUCAUCAUCAUCAUCAUCAUCAUCAUCAUCAUCAUCAUCAUCAUCAUCAUCAUCAUCAUCAUCAUCAUCAUCAUCAUCAUCAUCAUCAUCAUCAUCAUCAUCAUCAUCAUCAUCAUCAUCAUCAUCAUCAUCAUCAUCAUCAUCAUCAUCAUCAUCAUCAUCAUCAUCAUCAUCAUCAUCAUCAUCAUCAUCAUCAUCAUCAUCAUCAUCAUCAUCAUCAUCAUCAUCAUCAUCAUCAUCAUCAUCAUCAUCAUCAUCAUCAUCAUCAUCAUCAUCAUCAUCAUCAUCAUCAUCAUCAUCAUCAUCAUCAUCAUCAUCAUCAUCAUCAUCAUCAUCAUCAUCAUCAUCAUCAUCAUCAUCAUCAUCAUCAUCAUCAUCAUCAUCAUCAUCAUCAUCAUCAUCAUCAUCAUCAUCAUCAUCAUCAUCAUCAUCAUCAUCAUCAUCAUCAUCAUCAUCAUCAUCAUCAUCAUCAUCAUCAUCAUCAUCAUCAUCAUCAUCAUCAUCAUCAUCAUCAUCAUCAUCAUCAUCAUCAUCAUCAUCAUCAUCAUCAUCAUCAUCAUCAUCAUCAUCAUCAUCAUCAUCAUCAUCAUCAUCAUCAUCAUCAUCAUCAUCAUCAUCAUCAUCAUCAUCAUCAUCAUCAUCAUCAUCAUCAUCAUCAUCAUCAUCAUCAUCAUCAUCAUCAUCAUCAUCAUCAUCAUCAUCAUCAUCAUCAUCAUCAUCAUCAUCAUCAUCAUCAUCAUCAUCAUCAUCAUCAUCAUCAUCAUCAUCAUCAUCAUCAUCAUCAUCAUCAUCAUCAUCAUCAUCAUCAUCAUCAUCAUCAUCAUCAUCAUCAUCAUCAUCAUCAUCAUCAUCAUCAUCAUCAUCAUCAUCAUCAUCAUCAUCAUCAUCAUCAUCAUCAUCAUCAUCAUCAUCAUCAUCAUCAUCAUCAUCAUCAUCAUCAUUCCUUUAUAUCAUAAUAAAGGAGUAA